UUCCGGAGUUCAAAUUUUGUGCAUAUUCUUCAUCUAACAUGUAAAUUUUUCGAUCAUACGGUCGUACCAGAGAGUGCAUACCCUGCUGUAAAGAAAGACAUAAUAGGUGGGGGUUCAACUGAGAGAGAUGCAUUGUAUGCGCAAAUUGAAACAGAGAAACGGUUGGCCCUAAUUAAAGCAUGGGAGGAAAGUGAGAAGACAAAAGCAGAGAACAAGGCAUAUAGACGAAUGUCAACAGUAGAAUUGUGGGAAGACAGCAAGAAAACUUCUGUGGAGGCAGAACUCAAAACAAUUGAGGAAAUAUUUGAAAGAAAGAAGGCAGAGUAUGCUAAGAAAAUGAAGAACAAAGUGGCUGAAAUUCACAAGGCAGGAGACGAAAGGAGAGCUUUCAUUGAAGCCAAACAAAGAGAGCAAUGCCUCAGGGUGGAGGAGACAGCUGCAAAGUUUCGUUCUACUGGAAUUACACCAAAGAAAUUGCUACUUGGGUGCUUCAUCUGCCAGCAUUCUGCAGUUAGGUAAUUAACCAUAAAAAAAUAAGGGAGGGGCUUGUUUUCCACUUUGGUUUGAGCUUUUUAUUUCUAAUGCAACAUUUAUAAAAAUAAAAAAUAAAAAAGCAAAAAUAUAAACUUUUAGAAAUUCUCCUAUGCGGACGUUCGGACGUUAUUAUCGUGUGGACGCCAUAUAUUUUCUACUACCCCACUUUGCUUUCCUUCUUGUUUACAAUAACAUCCACACGAUAAUAACAUGCGAACAUCUGGAUGAGAGAAUAACUGUAUAAACUUUUAUUCUUAGGAUUAGUAAAGUGUAUAACAAUUUACAUAUAUGGCAAAGAAAAAUGGGCAACUUUUGAAAUUUCUGAGCUCAUUCCAAGGCCAUUGCAAUAACCCACCCCAAACACUUGGAAUUAAACCUCCACUUCCAUAAGCCCACUUGAAUGUUGAGCUUCUAAA